AUGGCAGGCUAUCUUUACAAUAAUAACUCGCGCCAUUCUUCACGUAGCAGGGAGGACGACGGCAGAGAUUGGUAUACAAGCGAGGGCGACCCCGUUCCGAGCUCCUCCCAGCCCUCAUCUGUCUAUGCAGAUUGUCCAGAAACUGUAGCUCGUCCAUACCUUGAAGGAAUAAGCCGGCCUGGUAGUGUUUCUGAUCAUGUGCGCGCAAUUGAUAAACCAGAUCUGCACUCUACUCGCCUACAUAACCUUCCGUCGCGUCCUCCCCCUCGAGAGCCGCGGGCGAUGCGCAAGGACCAAUAUUUUCGUGAAGUUACGCCUCUGCUGAAGCCACCAGUCUCCCCCACACCGAGCUACUAUGCGCUCUCCAUGCAGUCUCCUGCGCAUAUACCCGACCCAGCUUCGUCGCGCAAACUCUUGAUCUUAGAUCUCAACGGGACCCUCGUCCACCGCGCACCUCGCGCUCUGCGAUCUCAGCCUACGGAGAGCGGAGGACCUGUACAACGUUUGCGCCCUGUACAUCCGCGCCCAUAUAUGCCCGCGUUCCGCGCAUAUCUGUUCGCGCCGGAGACGAAAACGUGGCUCGACGUAAUGGUGUGGUCAUCCGCACAACCUCAUAGCGUUGCAGACAUGGUCGAUAAGUGUUUUGGUGAACACAAGACCGAACUAGUGGCAGUUUGGGCGAGGGACACACUAGGGCUGUCAGCGAAUCAUUACAGUGCGCGUCAUUUUGUUGUUCUUCAUCCUCUGGAUCUCGCAUGCCGCAGCUUCGCGUUGGAGUGGUGUACUCACUUCAGCACGAAUAAACUAAUAUGUUGGCUUCAAGACAGCAAAGUCCAGACGGUGAAAGAUCUGAACAAACCUUGGUCGCAGCUGCCAGCUCUAUUGACCCCCCUUCCACCGUCGCCGCACCCAUCCGAAGCCAGUACGCCUCGAUCCGAUCGCUCGCCCAGUCCUCCUACCAGCUCAGCUCCUGGCGCAUCUGCAGUCGCAGCGCAUCGCCACUCUGCAUCGACUACCUUACUGUUGGACGAUUCGCCGCUCAAAGCUGCAAUGCAGCCGUACAAUCAUGUGUGCAUUGGCGAAUACUCCGGUGAACGACGCACGAAGGACUUGGAGUCUCUGCAGAAACAGCGAGAUUGGGAGGCGAUGGAGGCAGCGAGAGAGCAGCUGCAGAUCCAGGCUCCAAUGAGCCAGCAACAGGAUGCACCUAGACGUUCUGAACUUCGAAGAGACUCUCCAGAAGAACUGCCGCAAGCGGACGCUGAUGAGGCCGAUCUGAAGAAACGGAAACGCAAAGCGUCUCGCCGAGAUGGGUCUGUAGACGCACACGCGGAAGACGAUACCUCGUCAGCGACAACAUCUGUACCCGACAUUCAUUCUCCCUCUCCUGAUGGCACAAAAUAUGACGGCGCUGUCCCAUCCCACAAGCGAAAACGCAAGAGCAAGCGGCAGAAGACGCUCGAGGCGCUCGCGCAGUGUGCAGACGUGGAGAGACCCGAGGAGGUGUACGACGUAACGCUGCUUGCCGUCGUGGGCGUGCUGGAGGAGAUCAAGCACCAGUACAAUGUCGCAGCGUGGAUACGCACCGGCGGGCUAUGGGGGCAGCAGAGACCAGACCUUUCUCCGGAGCAGAAUGUACCUUCCGAGCCUCGCGCUGCCGGCGCUGAUGCUUCCGACAAAGCAAUAUCAGCAGAUGGUGAGGGUCGGAAACGGAAGAAGGAGAAGCGGAAUCGUCGUAUGGUCAAUGUGGAUGGUAAGGGUGGAGUGGAAAUGAAAGCUGGUAACGACCAGAUGACGAAUGCUGUGCUAAAUAGCCGUGAAAAUUCUCCCGUGCGCGAGACUGUCGAGAGAGCUUCCGAUGAGGUUCUGUCAGGCAACGCAACGGCAGAGGUCCCCAUCUGGUUUCGAUCUCUGGAUACCAUGUCUUUCUGGGCGGGUAAAGGCCGGGAGGCUCUCAUUGCCUUAGGCAUCCCCGUGGAGCAUGGCAUCGAUCACUAA